GUCCUCCGCUCCGCACCUCAUUAAUCCCCUCUCCUUCAGUUUCCUUCAGCACCAACCAUUCGCUGUCAACAGCUUUACGCUACCGACCAACCAUGGCUGAUCGGCAAAGUGGGAGUCGAACGAUGGCAAUUUUCCGUGACAACUCCGGCGUCGGUAGUGCGCUACUCAGAUGGAUCCAGGAACACGCGCCAACCUCGAGCCAGGUUGUGGGGUUCUUUUCUCUCGUCAUCUCCGCCGCAAUUCUUCUCAUCCUCGCCGGAUUGACGGUGAGUGGGGCUACGCUGGGUCUUAUCGUGUUCGGGCCGCUGCUACUGAUAACGAGCCCUGUGUGGGUUCCGGUGGGUGCGGUGGCGUUCGUGUUGCUUGCCGGAGCCGCGUCGGCGGUCGGUGCCGCCGUUGCGGCGGCGGCUGUGGCGACGUGGCUUUACCGGUACUUCACAGGUCGGCAUCCGGUUGGAUCGGAUCGGAUCGAUUUCGCCCGGAGUCGGAUCGUCGACACGGCGAGCCAUGUGAAGGAUUACGCUCGCGAGUAUGGUGGGUAUUUGCAGAGCCGGAUCAAGGAUGCUGCCCCUGGAGCUUAGGCGGGGUUCUCCGGAUUGUGGUGGUUCGGGUAUGGUAGGCGUCUCUCUGGUUGUUGGAUUCUUGGUUCCUUUUUCUCCCGGUUUUAUUUGUUGCUUUAGAUUUUUUUUUCUUGCUGCGCUGUAUAAGUAAAUGCAUGUCUUUUUAAUGUUUCUGUUAUCAUAGCAGAAAUUAUCAAGUGCAGCUAAGUACGCAGUUCUUGUGUUUAUGUGCGAGGUUUUAAAUAAAAUAGUUGUAAAUGAUGCAAAGAACCGUAUAAGUUGCAAUUAUGUUAUGUGUCGUAAAGUAUAAUUUGCUUGAAGAUGCUAUGGAACUAAUUGUUUUGUAGUUAUAAA